AUGAGCACGGCCUCGUUGCCGGCCGCGGCCAUGCCUGAGAUGGGCCAGCAACCGCCGCCGGCAUCGUCGUCGUCUUCUGCCGCCCUGCCGGCUCACAUUCAGACGCUCACGACCUCGUCACCCGCGCAGAAUGGCGUCCAGACGCAAGCUCCUGCCCGAACUCACGCUCAGCAACCCCCGCCCUCCUCGGUCCGGUCACCUGCCCAACCGCUCCCGCAAGGUAGCUUGCAGGGACCGUCUCACAGCCAGAUGCGCCAGCCCGUGGCGUCGUCGCAGCCGCCUCGCGACCCGCAAGAGCCCACACCUCCUGCACCCAAAGCCCCGGGCUUCAAGUCUCCCAAGACGAGCGACGCGUCUCUUGAGGCGUCGCCGGCGUACAAGGAGCUCUCUGAUGUGAUUAAGAGAACGGCUCCGGAGGUUGUCCGGCAGGUGGUGAGGGACUCGUGGGAUAAGUGCCUGCUGGGAUCCGAGUAUCACCUUGCCUUUCUUGCAAAUGCAACCUUUCAUCAGGCAAGCUCUGGUACGCUUGCGCGGGCCCUCAAGGACUUUGGUGGGAACAUGGUCCGAACGGGCAAGGACUCUGUGGUGGCGCACUUCACGACGGAGGACCUGGAUGCGGUCUCGGAUGCAAUUCUAGCAAAGGCCAGCCACAGAUUUUUGGACAAGGCCCUGGCCAGGCGUCUGGAAACCAUUCGCGCGCGGCCGCUGGUGAACGCCCUCGCGCGUGCUGAACGGCUUGGCUAUGAUGUCCGGGACAUUGUUGAGGAGACUAACGGCGGGGAGCAUGUCCUCCCCUCGUUGCACCUGGUGCCUAACCCGCCAGCGCCGCCCAAGCCCGUUCCAUCGCAACAACUACCUUCGCGGCCUGGGCCGGUCGCUGCGGCACACCGACCACCCGUAUCCAGAGAGCCGAGCGUUGCCAGCAUCGGAUCGACACGCAACUCAGGUUCUCCGCUACCCGCAGGGCCCGCUGGGCAUUUGGGUAUUGUCCACUGUUCGCGAUGUCACCGUCCCUGCAGCGGCGAGAAGGCGUUUCAGCACCACUCGAACAAGCGAGCUUGUGUGAACACCUGGAGGGUAGACGACAUAGGGACAGAAAUCUGUCCUCACUGUGGUUGUCUUUUCGGUAGCAGCGGGGGCCUCAACUACCACAUCAAGAUGAAAGUUUGCGGAGAAUACAGCGAUGCUGUCAAGGAGGCGGUCUUGGCCGAGCUGAGGUCAAAGAAGUUCCUCCCUGUUGGACAUGGGACCGGACCCCCCACGGGCACCCCGGCGCCAGCACCGACGCCUCCAGCCCCAAGGGCGCCAGCUUCAACGCCGGCGCUGUCAUCGGACAUACGGCACGCGAACAUGGGACACACGCCCGGACAUCUGGCUGCGUUGGCCCGAGAAGGGCGCAGUCCGGCGACAUGGACGCCUCCAAGCCGGGGCGCCGUCAGCUCGCCUGUAGACGAUCCGUACGCGAAACUCACCCCUGAGCAACGGCGAGACUUUGAGUACGACAUGAGGCAAGCCGAAGAAAAGUACGGUGGCUUGAUGAUGGAGGCCAUGAAGCUGCCAGAGGCGGAACGUGAAAAGGAGCUGGCGAAGCUCAAAAACAGCUACAACACCAAGCAGAGCACGACGCGUAAGAAGUACGGCAUUCGACUGCGCCAGAGACGCUCAGUUGCAGAGGUGGAAGCAGAGCGAACGCGGCUGCUUGGCCCCGCAAAGGACGUUGCCUGGCCGGCCUCGACGCCAAGCAAGCGGCCUUAUCCCGAUGACGAGGGACCAGCCACGGCUCACCAAGGUCACGAGCCUCAAAGCGGCGGAAGCACACCUCGUCGCAAGAGAGUGCCCGUGAAUGAGAUGGGCGGCGGACUCGCCAGCGCGGCGGCCACGGCAGAACACACAGACCCGACGGCGUACCUUACGGCGUCUCAACCGCGAUUCCCGGCCAUGUCUCAGACACAGAGGCCGCAACUUCAUGGGAGCGGGGCCAAAGGCACACCUGACGAUCCUAUGGAGAUUGAUGACGACGAAAGCAGUGAGAGCGAUUCAGACUCGGACGACGGUGAUAUUCCCGCUCAUCCCGCAGGCCGCUAG